AUGUGCUCCACAAACGAUCGACUUUGCGAGGCUACUCUACAGCCACAAUCCAUAAUGGCAGCUGAAGAUAGAAUACGUCAUCUAAUACACCGACAUCCCGUGAGCAAUCGGAGAACCCUAUGCAGUACACAACAGACCCACCUGCCACUCCACUGCUGGUACAGUAGUGCAGGCCGACGGAUAUCGUACGGUGUGUUAGUGGUGUGCCUAGCACUGACCAUUUGUUACCUUCCCAUGGUGAUCGGCUCACCACAGUCCUCGUACUCGCAUCAUUCACAUCAUCCUCACGGGCAUCAUCAUCAGGCGGCGGCGUCUGCUCACGGUGGCUCGGCCAACUCGCAUCACUCGGGCAGUGGAUCGGCAUCUCAUCAGUAUGGAGGCUCAUCGGCCCGGUCCAGUGGAGGCAAAUCGGGUGCUAGUGGUCUCGGCGUGUACAUAAUACGUGCGCCAGAAUCGACGAUCGCUCCCGCCGACGAUGAGGUACUGUUUGAGUGCGAGCUAAAUUUGGUUCCGGAGCAACUUGACUGGCGGUUUCGGGCACAGGGAACUGCUGGACUGCGGAAAGAUUAUGUUAUAAUCCAGAACAAUCAUCACGGGUACAACGCAAGCAUCGUGGACGGUCGGUACAAGCUGCGUGUUUCGGUGAGUGAAUCGACGAUAGGAGAGUACCAGUGUGUGGCAUGGUUUGGAGCGUCCGCCAUUGCAUCGAUACCGGCCCGCUUGACGCUGGCAACGAUCGGGCUGGAAGCGGAAGGUGUUCCAGGUCGACACGAUCGCGUACCGACGACGAUGCGUCGCAUACAACCACAGCAGCAUUUUAAGGUGUAUCCUGGCAAUAGUAUAAUCAUCGAUUGUGGUGAAAUUGUCUCGAACCCUCCGCCGAUCUGGAGCUAUUACAAGGAUGGUAUGACGAUCUAUCCGAAUGUGACACAGCUUCAGACAGGCCGGCGACUCAUACUGCCUUCGCUAACACAGCGCGACACCGGCACGUACUGGUGUUCCGCCGUCAAUUCCAUCACUGGCAGUGAGGUCAUUCUACCCCAGCGAACCACCGUGACAGUUGACUUCGUACCACGAUCGGCACCGCGUGCCUUUACACUGCCCCAGAACGUGUCCGUACUGCCGGGCGAUACGGUACUGCUUGAGUGUCCCGGUGUAGGCAAUCCCGUACCUGUCCCGGCAUGGACGCGAGCGAACGGUACUCUCUUAAAUGGGCGUGCUCGCAUCCUGGACUACGGACUUCAGCUCUCCAACGUGGAUCGCGCCGAUGAAGGCCAGUACUUGUGCCGACUGCAGAAUGGUAUUGAUCCUCCGCUGUUACACUCGGUGUGGUUGACUGUGCUAGAACCACCGCGAAUUGAAAUCCCACCUCGAUCAACGCUCACCAACGAGAGUGAUAGUUUGGAGCUGGAGUGUAUUGCUCGAGGAUCACCUCAUCCCGACAUUUACUGGAUGAUAAAUGGUGACUACACCGCAUGGGAUACUGUUAUCCGUACGAACGGUACACGGUUGAUCAUACCAUCGGUCGAGAAACGACACGCCGGCAUCGUACAGUGUUUUGCCCGUAAUUCGGUCGGUGAGGCGAGCGAAGGCAAUCUGCUGCAGGUCAUCCCUAAACAGAUACCGGGAGGUGUCGGUACUACACCGCUCGGAUCCGUGCCAUCUAGUUCGAGGGCGGGCGGUGAUCAUUCGACCAAGCGUAAAGGUGGCAAGAAACACAAAAACUUGGUAAUGAUUCCGCCGUCACGUCCAAACAUUACCCGCCUGACCGAUGAAUCGGUAAUGGUGCGCUGGUCCGUACCAUCCAGCGAUGGCUUACCGAUUCAGUUCCUCAAGGUGCAGUACCGUAUGCUGGGUGAUCCGGCCAAAAACAUUGCUCGCACCCAGUGGAUGACGGAAAACGAAGAUAUCCCACCGUACACACGCUCGUACGAGGUGAACAAUCUCAAGGCGGAUCAUAUGUACCGGUUCCGUAUCGUCGCAGUUUACUCGAACAAUGACAACAAGGAGGGAGCCGCAUCUGGCAAGUUCCAUCUGCAACGUGGCUCACAGCUUGGUCUCACCAAGAACCACCUGCUCGCGCCAACACUCACACGCAUCGAGCCCGUCUCACAGCAUGCGGUUGUGCUUCAUUGGCAGUUUCCGCAACAUCUACCACAUCCGAUUGAUGGAUUCUACGCGUACUACCGACCAGCAACGACAGCCGGCGAGUACUCGAAAGCCACGGUGGAUGGAAGCACGGCGCGUCAUUUCAAGAUCGAUCACCUUGAACCGGGUACGGCGUACGAGUUCAAGCUGCAAUCGUUUACGGCUUCGGCUGCGUCCGACUUCAGUGCGAUUCUGACCGGCAGAACGCUGAAACCACCCACUCCACCACCGACCGUACCGACGGUGAUCGCGGCAGCGGAAGGACCCGACGGUAGCCAGGUCGUACCGGUCAACUAUCUACUCGUGAUCGGAUGCGUGCUGAUCGUAAGCGUGUUGAUCGUGCUGUUUCUAUGCUGUUGCUUUAAUCGUCGCAAGAAGCGCGGCCAUGGUGCUGAUGAAACAGAUGCCAAGGUACACAUGCCGGUCGAUCAGAAUGGAUUCGCGAGUGCGGUCAGCAAUGGUGGUCCACGGGUAGCACAUCACAAAACCAGAACGAAUGGCAUGAACGGACGGAUGAACAUCACGCCCAACCCGUUGGCACAGGACGGCGAUAAGAAUCGCACCGUGAUGGAGCUGCGCUUCCUGCCCAACACGCUGGUCGAGGGUGACCAGCAGCAGCUGCAGCAGCCGCCCUCGGCUCAACAGCAACAGCAACCGAUCGAGGGUGGAUGGAGACGAAAGAAGCGAAACGCGACGGUACCGGAUGUGCCGAAAAGCGUCGAGGCGAACGAAGGCGAUGGUAGCGAUGAAGGCGACGACACGAACCCAACACUAGCGACGAUAUCCCGAGAUCCUGCCACUAAUAACAAUCAUCAAUCGAUUCCCAACCAACAGCAGCAGCACCAUCUGCAGCAGCAACACAUCGGUGCGCCACUACCACCCUUGCAUCACCCAAGCGCCGCAACGGUGGCAAUGAAUAGCUGUGGUAUUCCGCAGCAGCAGCAACAAGAGCAGAUGAUGCUUGCCUCCAUGCCUCACCGCCGGACGCUGGAACGGACCGCAGUGAGACCGAUCCCGAACGGUGCCACCCUAGCGUACGGCAUCGAUCCGAAGCUAAUGCUUGACGGACAACCGGCCCCUGACGGUAGACAAUCGUCUAUACGGCGUGCUCGUCGUGGUUCGGGUUCCGUACCCGGUAGUCCACGGAUAGGUCGUGGCCCUAGCAGUGAGUUCCUUCAGCAGCAGCAGCAGCAACAGCAGCAACAGUCCGGCGUAACGGUGGCCCGAUCACCGAUGCCGAUGCGGGCAGCCGGCAUGAAACGAUCGACAGCAGCCGCCACGCGGCUCGGACGGGCCGAAAACAUGUCGUCGGGAAGUUUGAACAGUAUUGAGGUAUGAGAAUGACCGUACAGCGCCGUAUCGGACGGCGCUACCCUGCUGACCCGUACGGCGUCCCGCAAGCGCAGAAGGCGCGCCUUUAAGCUGCUGUACCUGGUGCGUCGCCAACGGAAGCGAGCUGGUCUCGGAAGCGAGGGACGCAGUACCGUGUCCCGGCAGGACAGUGAGCACCACUGUCACAAGCAGGCGUUCUACGAGCGGGCGAACGGGUAUCGUUUGAUAUCCUGAGUGUCACCGUUCGAGCUGUUGCUCUCCGUACUGCAUGAUCUGGUGGUGAGCGUUUAGUUUCGGCUUCGUCGGGGUUUAGUAAGGGUUCCGUU